AAUGGGGAUAAAAUCUAGAGAUUUUUAUAAGAAUUAAAAUGGUUCUUGAUACACGUUUUUAUGAUAUACUUGGUGUUAAUCCCGAAGCAAGUCAAGUAGAGAUUAAAAAGGCAUUUCAUAAACUUGCUCUUCAUAAUCAUCCGGAUAAAGUUCGAGAAUCAGAACGAGAAGAAGCAUCAAUUCGUUUUCGUGAAGCACAAAAUGCUUAUGAUGUUUUAAGAGAUCCAGAAACAAGAAUUAUUUAUGAUACAUAUGGUUUAGAUGGUGUUGAAGAUUGUAAUAACGUUAUGAUUGAUGAUCUUUAUUCGGAAAUGUUUGAAGAAAUGGGUAUUAAUGGAUUAGGAAGAGAGUCAAUGCAUAAGGAAUCGUUUAAAAAUACGAAGAAAGACGUAUAUUAUGAUUAUGAAAUAACAUUGGAAGAACUCUAUCGAGGAAAAAAUGUUAAAAUGGCUGGCACACGGAAUAUUAUAUGUCCGACUUGCAAAGGUUCAGGAAGAAAAGCGUAUUCUGGCACUAAAAAAUGUGUAUUUUGUGAUGGAAAAGGAAUAAUGACAGCAUUAAAGCAAAUAAGGCCUGGAAUGAUUAUACAACAAGAAUUUGAAUGCCAAAAAUGUGAUGGAACAGGAGAAGCUGUUCAAGAAAAAGAUAGAUGUAAAAAAUGCAAAGGAAUUAAAACUGUUACAGAAAAAAAUUUUUAUCAAAUUAAGAUAAACAAAGGAACACAGGAUGGAGAAAAAAUUGUUUUUUAUGGCGAAGCAGAUCAAGAGCCUGGCAUGGAAACAGGUGAUCUAAUAAUUAUUAUUAAGCAAAGAAAACAUGAUAGAUUCGAGCGUUCAGGAUGCAAUUUAAAAUCUAAUUUAAAUAUUACAUUAUCUGAAGCUUUGUGUGGAUUUUCUAGAGUAGUUUUAAAAACUUUAGAUGGAAGAGGUCUUUAUAUGACACAUCCUCCUGGAAAAAUAAUGUAUCCAGGGCAAAUAUUAGUUAUACAAGGAGAAGGAAUGCCUAAGAGCUCAGAUAGUGAUGAAAAUGGAGAUUUAUAUCUUGAAGUUGUUGUUGAAUUUCCUCCUAAUGAUUUUUUCAAAGAAACGCAAUUAAAAAGUCUUUUGGCUUUAUUACCACCCAAUCCUACCGAAAUUACUGACUUAAAAAUUGUGAGUGAUGUAGAAUACAAAUCUGGAAAUAUUGAAAAUUACAAGAUAGAUGGGCUAUAAUAUGAAUGA